AUGGCCUCCCAAAUCAAGUCGUCCGGUUACAUACCUCGGGACUCUGUUAAACUUUUCUACGAACGGGAGGGCACUAGCGGAUCUAGGACUAUUCUAUUCAUUCACGGAUUUGGAGGGACUACGAAUGCCUUCCAACCGCUAGUUUCUGGCUUGCAGGAUUUCGAUCUAGUUCGCUUCGACUGGGCCGGCCAUGGCCGGAGUUCCGUACCGCAGAGUACGAGUAUCGAGUCAUACGUGGCAGACUGCGAGGCUAUAAUUGGUCAUUUGGGACUGAAAGAUGUUCUGGUUGUAAGCCACUCAUUUGGCGGGCUUAUCAGUUUUCAUCUUGCGGCGAAGCGCCCGGAUAUUGUAAAAGGGAUUGUAGCAUUUGGUCCCGUCAGACCGCCUCCUGAGGCUGGCCAGAAAGCACUUGCUACUCGCUCCGCUACAGUUCGAAGUGGGGGAAUUGGGGCAGUUGCUGACUUGGUGGUGUCAAAUGCAUUCUCGCCCAAGUCAUUGAUCAACCGAAAAGGAGAGGUAGCACUGGCCAGAGAAAUGCUUACGAGACAGAACCCGGAAGGAUACGCAUUGGCCCUUGAUGCACUGGCAGGGAGCUCAGAGCCUGAUUGGGAACAAAUCAAGGCUAAUGUUCUCAUUCUAACUGGAGAUGAAGACAAGGUAUCUACGGCUACGACAGGGGCAGAUAUAGUGAAGGAUAUUGGAUCCAACGCCAAACAGGUGGUUUUUAAGGAUACAGGCCAUUGGCAUGUACUGGAGAGUACAGAUGAGUCUAUUGAGGCGAUCAUUUCUGUUGCUAAGAAUAUUGCAUAG